AUGCCCUAUCUCGAAUCUGGCAAUCUGCCAGCUUCCCCCGAUCUACCCUCGCCAAGCAACGCCUUCGAAGAACUAGUCCAAGAUCUCAGCGCAGCGCUAGGCCCGAGCUCCGGAUUGGACUCGGACGAUGUUGACCCCUGUGAGAUCCAGCGUCUGAUGGAGCGCUACUCUUCCAAUCCCUCUGAAUGGCUUCCGUUUGCUCUGGGGGAUCAUCAGAAAUCGUACACGCGCAACCUCAUCGACGAGGGUAAUGGGAAGAGUAAUCUGCUCAUCCUGGUUUGGUCUCCAGGAAAAGGAAGCGCCAUCCACGACCAUGCCAACGCCCAUUGCAUUAUGAAGAUCCUCAAGGGCUCUCUGCAAGAAACGCUCUACGCCUGGCCUGACCAAGACAAAGUCAAGCAGGGACAGAUAUCUCCUCCGCAGAUCACCAAAGAGACAGUCUACCACGAAAACCAGGUGACAUACAUGUCAGACAAGUUGGGUCUCCACAAGAUUUCCAAUCCUGAUCCCAACAACUUCGCCGUGUCAUUACAUCUAUACACGCCCCCUAACGCCGCAACGCACGGGUUUUCGGUCUUUGACGAAAAGACAGGCAAGGCACAGCAUAUCAAACAGUCUCAUUUCUACUCGAUAAGGGGUCGACGAUGUCCGGCUCUUAAGCCGUGA